AUGCUACCUUCAACUCAAUUACAUCGACCCUCUAUUGUUUCUGGUUUUGGGGUUUCUCUCUACACUGCCUUGACCGCGGGCGGGAUCGGAUCCCUUCUAUCGUAUCGUGAACUCGUGAGUCAUCUCUUUCUUUUUCCACCUUGUUCUCUUACUCAUUCCCAUCCAGUUCGUCCACUUGGCAUAAACAACCUCCUUUCCAGAUCCGCUUUUGGUGCUUCGUCCGAUUACAGAACAGAAACAGACAGGUGGGGCCAUCCUUAUCGAGCCUUUGAGCUAACCUCUACCUUGCUAGCGUUGCUAGGACUAGAGCCCAUUCGUUCGUUGGGAUUCUUCCAGCUUAGACGCUAUUACCAGGUGCUUGAUCCGAGGGGCAUCUUCUUACGAAGCCUUUACGGACUUGAUCGCAUAAGCCGAACUUACUCGUAUUUAAAUAUACGGACAGGGUCGGAAGUCGUAGAGAAUCUUCACUCGAUAGCUAAUGCGAAAGCAACUAGAAAGGCAUCAACCAGGAAGGAGCAACGUAGGCAGCCAAAAGGCAAGACACGGGUGGACUACCUUCGAACGACUGAACAAUGCGAGCUACCGAACUAUGGUAAACGCGCUAAGAUCGAACCGGACACCGAUAACGGGCUUUUCUUUUCACAACUAGGAAUGGAUGGUUUAGCCUUUUCUGGUCCUAUUGACGAGGAAUUCCUCAGCAUUCGAGUUCCAGGAGCUGCUGAGUGA